UCCAUAAAUGGGCACCCCUUCCUCCUCUCAAAAAUUUCAAUCUCCUUCCCUCUCUCUCCUAGUUUGUUUGCUCAUCAGAGCCAAGCUUUGAGAGUUAGACCUCUAGCUAGCCUUCCCUUUUCCCUUCUCUUUAGACACUCCUCGGUUGCUCAACUGGGUAUCGAUCGAUCCUUAGUUAGCUCAUCUUGUUUACGAUUUUGGUCGGGCCAUUGUUUAAAUCUUAGAUCAUUAGCAUGAAGAACCAACAAUCAAGCUUGCCACCAGGGUUUAGGUUCCACCCCACAGACGAGGAGCUCAUCCUCCAUUACCUUAGGAAGAAGGUAGCAUCCACACCCUUUCCUGUGUCUAUCAUUGCAGAUGUUGAUAUCUACAAGUUUGAUCCAUGGGACUUGCCAGCCAAAGCUGCCUUGGGAGAGAAAGAGUGGUACUUUUUCAGUCCCAGAGAUCGUAAGUACCCCAAUGGAGCUAGGCCUAACAGAGCUGCUGCCUCUGGAUAUUGGAAGGCGACGGGAACAGACAAGGUCAUAAUGGCGUCAACAAUCACGCCUGGAGGUGUAAUUAUACAAGGACAAGAGAACGUUGGUGUAAAAAAGGCUCUUGUCUUCUACAAGGGAAAGCCUCCGAAGGGAGUCAAGACUGACUGGAUUAUGCAUGAGUAUCGCCUAGCAGAUACCUCCAGCUACAGCUACAACAAACCCAUGAAGCCAAGAGAUUCAUCCAUGAGGUUGGAUGACUGGGUUCUUUGCCGGAUUUACAAGAAAGCCCAUGCUUUAACUUCAUGUGCGAGAGCAGAAAUGUCCAGUGAACAUGAGCAGGAAGAAGAAGAGGAACAUUUUGUCCCAGAAAACCCUUUACCAAGCUUGAAAGGUCCCAUAAGCAACAAGAGCGCGCUCAUGUCCCAGAAAUCUUGCUCCUUCUCCAACUUAUUAGAUGCCAUGGACUAUUCCCUAUUGAGCAGUUUACUAGCAGAUACCCAGUUCAACCCAACAGGGUUUGAGUCAAAUCCUGCACUGAAUAGCACUGCUUCCCAACUGGACCAGCCUCCUUUCUUCAGUAACAGCAAUAUUGCAGGCGGCGGGGGCGGGGGCUGCUUUCUUCAAAAGUUACCUCAGUUGAGCGCCUCAGCGCCCAACAACGUGGACAACAAACUCAAGCGCCAGCUUUCACACAUUGAUGAGGACAUGCUGCAUCCAUCAAAGAAGUUCAUGAACUCUUGCAGUUUCACUAACACCAACAACAUUAGUACCCAAACUGAUAAUGGUCAAUACAACUUCCUAAGCCAGCCAUUCUUGAACCAGCAAUUCCUUCUGAGCCCACAUCUUCAAUUUCAAGGUUAAAAUGAAAGGUUCUUAAAAGCAAAUGGGGAUUAAGUUAAAUAAGAGACAUUUAUCUGAAAAACAAAAACAAAAAAAACAAACUACGGAUUACCAACUAGGUAACGUGUAUAAAAGGGAUGGAUCUGGGGGUGGGUCUGAUUUUUUGUGCUCUACACAAAUUGACAAGCUACUUGAAAUGGAAUCAAAAAGAAGAUGCCCAUUUGACAGUCAAGAGGAGUUUGACAAAGGAAAGGACACAAGGGGGGAGUUACAAUUUGGAAUCAUACAUGAUUUUUGUAGAGAAAAAUGUACAAUUAUUGCAUUGUUGCCAAAUUAAAUGGAUUGGUUUCUGGCUUGAAAUAUUAUGCUACUUUUUAUCAUUUUCUUUGAAUAAAGCCAAUCUUCCUUCUGGAAA